GGUUUGCAAUUGCAAUCAAGAACAACUGUUGCACGCUACUUGUAAUCUGCUUGGCCCAAUUUGUUUGUGUCCAAUUUCUUGAAUAUCUUCUUCUAGACCUGCAGAUCUUUUUUAAUGGCGGACAUAGUAGGGGCAAUCUUCGGUGCAUUGAGUUGCAUUUGUGGUACUCCAACCUGCAAUUGUAUAGAUCAAUAUCAGAAUUUUAAUGAUGAUGUGGGUGAGCUGAGAAGAAUAUUGGACAAUCUAACCAACCGAAAGCAAGAUAUAGAAUCAAGAAUAGAAGAAGCAGAGGCUUGCGCGGGACAAGUGGUUAGACGAGAAGUGCAAGACUGGCCUAAGCAAGCACAAGAGAUCAAUGUUGAUGUGCGAGCAUUUUUAGAGAAGGUGCAGGGAGUCAAGUGGUACAAGCGUGCCUGUCUCGACAAACAUGUUUGCAGAAAAAUUAAAGUGGUGGAGGACAUGUUUGAAAAAGGUAGAUUUCCUGAAGGCGCUUUUAUUGAGAGAGCUCCAGCUCAUGGAAACAUAAUUCCAAUAGAGAAUCUAGUGGGGGGAUCUACUAAAGAAGAAAUUUGGAGGUCCUUGAUGGGUGAUGAGGUUGGAUUGAUCGGAGUUUGUGGGAUUGGUGGAGUUGGAAAGACUACGAUCAUGAAGAAUCUCCACAAUGAUUUACAGAGGGGGACUAGAUUUCAGAAAGUGAUCUGGGUUACUGUAUCAUAUCCUAUCAAUGUUUUUGAAUUACAAAGGAAGGUUGCUGAUGCUAUGGACAAAAGACUUCAAGACGAUGAAGACGUGAUGAUGCGAGCAGGCGCACUAAUGGAAAUAAUGAGAAGAGUGAGAUUUGUGCUAAUAUUAGAUGAUGUAUGGGAAAAAUUUUCUUUGAGUGAUAUUGGAAUCCCAAAACCAACACUCCAGAAUGGGUGCAAAGUAGUUAUCACUAGUAGAUCAGUUGAAGUAUGCCAGUUUUUGGGUUGUGAGAUUGUUAAAGUGCAGCCUCUUUCACAAGAGGAGUCUCUAAACCUAUUCCUAGAUAAGGUUGGACAUGCUGUUUUACAAAACGUGCCGGAAUUGGAAGAAACCCUGAAGCUUAUGGUGAAGGAGUGUGCUGGUUUACCGCUCGCUAUUGUUGUGAUAGCGGGGAGCAUGAAAGGAGUGGAUGAUAUUAAGGUGUGGAGAAAUGCACUGACUGAAUUACAAGAAUGUGUUAAGAGUGUGAAAGGUUCAGAAGAUGAGAUAUUUAUGCGGUUAAAAUUUAGUUUUGAUCGUUUGCCUGAUGAGAAAAUCAAGAAUUGUUUUCUUUAUUGCUCCUUGUUUCGCGAAGAUUAUUCAUUUAAAAAGGAGGAAUUGAUAGAAGGUUGGAUUGAUGAAGGACUAAUGGAUGGAUUGAGAAGCAGGGAAGCAGCUUAUGACAGGGGCCAUGCCUUUUUAGAUGUGCUUGAAAAGAAUAGCUUGUUAGAGAAACAUUUCACGAUAGCAAUUAAGAUGCGUGAUGUUGUGAGAGACAUGGCUAUCAGAAGCAUUGGUACUGGAGUUGGAUAUAUGGUAAAAACUGGUAUGAAAUUGACAAAGGUACCAAAUGAAUAUGAGUGGGCUAGAGAUCUUAAUAAGGUAUCUCUAAUGGCAAAUUACAUUUCAGAAAUUCCUGUUGGAUUGACUCCAAAGUGUCCGACCUUGUCAACUUUGAUAUUAUCGGACAAUCCUUUGACAAAGAUUCCAAAAUCUUUUUUUAAGGAUAUGAGUGGACUCAAGGUUCUUGAUCUCUCUGGAACUUAUAUUGAAGCUUUACCUAGUUCCAUCUCCAAGCUGAAGUAUCUCUCUGUACUACGGUUAAGUGGGUGCAAGAGGUUAAAGUGCUUGCCUUCCUUGAAGAAGCUUGUGGCAUUAAAGAAGUUGGAUCUGAGAUGGGCAGGAAUUGAGGUGGUCCCUCAAGGCAUGGAGAUGUUGGUAAGUCUUGAAUAUCUUGAUUUACUUUGUGAAAAUCUAAAAAAGAUUCCAACAGGAAUAUUGUUUAAAUUAUCUAGUCUCCAGUAUUUGGUGGUAACAGAUGAUAAGGGAAUAUGUAGUGUAAAGAUAAACUUAAAAGAGACUGCUAGACUGAGAAAGUUGGAGAUUAUAGAAUGUAAAUUGGAAGACAUGCAAGGCUUCAGUUAUUUUUUGAGUGAGUUAAAAAAUUUUCAGAAUUUGACUGCUUACAAGCUUGUGGUGGGAACAAUGAGGAACUGGUUUACGGAUAUUGACAAUCCUAAAUAUAAAUGCAGACUUAUAAUUGGUGGGUGUGACAUUGGAGAAGAAUUGAUAGUGCUUCUAGAUAACCUUCAGUAUUUGCAGAUCCAUAACUGUAAAAACAUCAGAAGCAGUUUAAACAAAACAGUUUUGUUAGAAAAUGCAACCGAGUUGAGUAUUUGUAUUAUUACUUGUUGUGAAGAGAUAGAGUACGUGGUUGAGUUGGACUCAUCCUCCUUCCCAUCCUAUAGUCCGAUACUCGAUAAGCUUGAAAGUCUCUUUCUUGAGAGUUUGCCUAGGUUGUGGGCACUCAUGAGAGUGGAAGGAGUCACAACGCCGCCAUGUGUCUUUUCCAAUCUUAAGACACUUCAUAUAGUUAGAUGUUCAGGAAUGAGGAAUUUGCUUCCACUUGAGCUAUUGCAAACCUUCCAAAACUUAGAGGUGAUUUGGGUUAAUAACUGCGAACAAAUGGAGGAGAUAAUAUCAUCAUCAGAUUCAGACACAUCGUCAUCGAACAAAUGUAUUUUCACUUUUCCUAAGUUAAGGGAACUUCAUUUGACAUACUUACCCCAAUUGAAGAGCAUUUGCAAAGCGAAUAGGAUCAUGGUUUGUGAUUCUAUUGAAGAAAUUCAGAUAAGGGAAUGUCCAAAGUUAAAGAGGAUCCCACUAAACCCCGGUAGAUAAUGGCCAACCAUCUCUUCCUCCUUGUCUCAGAAAAAUCUACAUUGCUAAAGAGUGGUGGGAAUCAUUGGUGGAGUGGGGUCAUUCUAAUGCUAAGAACAUACUCUAACCUUUCUUGGGAUUUGCUCCAGAGAGGAGAUAACUGUAUAGUAACAGGUGUGUAAAUAACAAGUCACAUGCAACCACAAUAACGCAUGGAAAUAAAAGCCUUUCCUUUACAACACAUGACAGGAAAGUUGACGUAGGACAAGAGGUAUUCUGGAAGAGAUGAGAUUGAGGUGCAUCCACGCUUUGCUCUCAUGUCCCAUAAAUUCCAAUUAUGUAA